UCCGCAGCACCUCCAUGCUGGUGGUGGGAGAGAGGACUCAGACGGUCGGGGGAUCCACGUUAAAACGCAGCAAGAGCACAGUGAGCAUCGAGUCAACCUUGUACUACUAUCAGAGACAAGAGGACAGGAUAUGGCUGUACUCACAGAACCAGAACUGCCUCGAGUACCUGGAAGCACUCGUGGCUCUGAGGAGGCAGUACACAAAGAGCGUGAGUGACUUGAAAAGCAGCGACGCCAAGGCCACAGUGUCCUCCAAGAAGAAGCCUGCGCCCCCGCCGCCCAAAAAGCAAGAACCGAUACCGAGAGCUAAACCCUCAGCCCCUCCGGUCCCCAGCGAGGAGGACACGCUGCAGUUCUUUGAUGAAGUUAUCGCCAGCUGCGACAGUGAACCUCAGCGCAAACCUUACAUGGACGAUGGACACGCAGACGUGGAUUUCAUAGUGGCCUCCAGCUCAGCCGAACACGACCUCCACUCUAACUGGGUCCUGCGGGUUCCUCGGGUCGCGGACGACUCCAAGCAGAGAGCGGUUCACGACUGUGCCAACGAACGCGCCCCGGUGAAGAAAAAGCAGAGCGGGUCCACGAGCAGCAGACUGCGACUUCAGAGGAACCCGAUCCACCUGCCCAAAGUGGUGGAGAGUGCAUUCCAGACUCUGCGCUUCAAACCCAAAUUAAAAAAGCAGUGAAGCUUGAUGGACAUUUGAAACCUUGCAGCACUGCCACACCGCUGACACAGAGCUCAGCCUAAUUUGUUUGGUCAGACGCCAUGCUCUGCAAAAAAAAUCUGUCCAGACAAUUAAUAAUGACAUUAAAACAUUUCAUAUGAAUGAAGGCAAUGCACUAAAAUCUGGCCAGCUGGUGAGAUAAAUG